AUGAUGGCGAGUCGCAAAAAAAGUAAUGAUUCGUCUCGAUCCGUAUCAAAAAAUGCGCGGCGUCAUGUCGGAGAGGUCAUGUUUUCAUCAUCUUCAUCCUCCGAAGAAGAGGUAACAACGGGAUGUCGGAGUUGUCGAAACACGUCGAAAGAGUACUUCGCUAGGAAUCGUAGUGAAACAGAGACUCAAGCAGGGCAAAAUACGUCAAAAACUGAAGAAAAUCCUUUCAGCUUUAAACAUUUUCUAAAAAAUGGUUCGCAGAUAAAUUAUCAGAAUGCUGGAGCACGUCCAAAAGUUUAUUCAUCUCCUACUCAAUAUAAUUUAGAGAAGAGUUCUGCUGUUUAUUCUCGUAAUCCAACAGAAUUACCAGACUUCGUACAAGAUCAUUUAGUUAUAGAACAAUACUAUUUAAAUCAUGAACCAAAACAACAGACUAUUUCAGAUGUUGAUAAUCUUCCUGAUUUUGCACUGAACAGUGUAAAACAGAGACAAACUCGACUUAGAAACGAAUCAAAAAAAAGCGAAUCUAGUGCUUUAUGUGAUCUUUCAUUUGAUUUAACUGGAAAUUUGGACAAAACAAUACCUCAAAGAAAUCAAUCCAUACCAAAUACAAGUUGUUCAGGUCAUACGACCUUACCUGCUUUUGUUAGAUCUAAUGCAGGAUCUACUGAAAGUCCAGAACCAUUAGGAUUUCCAUUAGAUUUACCAAUAUCUACAGUUGAUCCUGAUUCUGAGUCAAAUGUUGUUAUAAGAGAAUGUUCUCACUCAGGGACAAGCGAAGCAAAUGUUUCCAAAGCUUUGCCAGACUUUUUAAAUGAUGGUCCUAUUCAUAAUAGGACAACAUUAUCAACGGAAUCUGGAUCUAUUCCAAAUAAUGUAGAGUCUACAGAAAGAAGGUUACUGCAGGAAAAUGAAAGAUUACGACAGGAAUUAGAAUUAGCUCAAAAAGAAGUCAGUGAGAAAUCAGAAAAGAUUCAAUUAUUAGAAUCAGAAUUGGCAUCCAGAAAAGAAGUGGAUCAUGAAGAAACAAUCCAUCUUGAAAAAGCAAUGGAACAAGUUGAAGAUAAUCUAAAACGUAGUGCAAGAAGAGCAGCAAAUGCAGAAAGUACUAUCUCAUCGUUGAAAAAAGAGAUUAAAUCUUUAACGACAGAGAUAUCAUUACUCCGUCUGGAAAACAAAGAGUUGAGAGCUGGAAUUGCAGCGGGAAGUAGAAAUGAAUAUGGUUCUUCAAACACAGAUCAGGCAGUUAAAAGGCUAGCAGGUGAUUUGAGACAUGCUGCUUCAACAGCAGAAGUGUCUUUAAGACAAUUAAUGUCUGGUGUGGACAAUUUAAGAAUACUAGCUUCAGCACUUGAGAAUAUGGAUAGAAUAGAAGACCGGACCAAAGAUUUUCUACCAGAUUUUGAUGAAGAUAAUGCUGCUGGUCCUGCACUUUAAUACAUUCUUAUAUACCCCUUUUUCUGCAUACUACCCUUGUUUCACUUCUAUGACAUGUAUCCCAACCUGUGCUAAUAAGUUCCUUAAACUCACGCAAGUUGCGUUGAGUAUCCAUUUUGGAGUCGAUUAGUGAUUUGAUUCGAUUAAAAAGCACGAUAUUCAUAUCAUGUUUGUUAUACCUUUACCUGUUAAUAAUAGUUCUUGAAUUUCGACUUGCAUAACAGUUCUAGGUGUACAAUCAUAUAUCGUCCCUGCUUGGCAAAGCAUGACUUUUUAAGUGUAAUUUUAAACCUUAACAACAAACAUGGAUUAAACAAUAGCUUAAUCGUGAUCUAUCACGAUGCGGCUCCGAGCAAAA